CUUCUUUCCAGAGGAAGAGGAAUGUCAGACAGGACUCGUAUGUCAACACUGAAGAUCCUCCGGAGAGAGGCGUACUCCCAACAACCUGAUGGUCCUUUGAUGACGCUUUCUAUCUCUUUUCUCCGCGGACAUUGACUUCACCCAAGAGAAGAGCAGCCGCCGAGCCCUAGUGUUCCCCGGACGAUGACAGAGUUUGCACGGAGUUAAAUCUGCAAUCUUUACACAUAUUUAAAUCAGAGGGGAGGGGGGGGAAUUGGUGGGAAUCUGAUUAGCUUUAGCCUUGAGGUUAGCCUGUUCGUUCGGUAGAUUAUAAAUCCAUUCCAACCCGUGUGGCACACUGUUGACAUGAUGUUUCCAUCAUCGAGACACUCGGCGUCAGCACAGUCCGGUCAGCCCCUGAAGUUCACCACCUCAGAUUCCUGCGACCGCAUCAAGGAUGAGUUUCAGUUCCUCCAAGCACAGUACCACAGUUUGAAGAUGGAGUGUGACAAGCUGGCCAGUGAGAAGUCAGAGAUGCAGCGUCAUUACAUCAUGUAUUAUGAGAUGUCGUAUGGCCUGAACAUUGAAAUGCACAAACAGGCUGAAAUAGUCAAGCGGCUCAGUGGGAUCUGUGCCCAGGUGAUCCCGUACCUGUCCCAGGAGCAUCAGCAGCAGGUGAUGGGCGCCAUCGAGCGAGCCAAGCAGGUCACGCCCCCAGAGAUGAGCUCCAUCAUUCGGCAACAGCUGCAGGUGCACCAGCUGUCCCAGCUGCAGGGCCUGGCGCUGCCCAUGACCUCCCUGCCCAUGGGGCUGACCCCGCCCACGCUGCCCGCCGUCUCCUCCAGCUCCGGGCUGCUGUCCCUCACCUCCAUCCUGGCCAACCACUCCCACAGCCAGGCCCAGCUGGCCAAGGAGGACAAGGCCAGGGAGGCGGCCGAGAGGGAACAGCGGGAAGAGGACGGGGACAAGUCGGACUAGCGGAGUGUGGGAGAGGGGGCGAGAGGGGGGAGGCGGGCGGGGCGGACCAGACUAACCAAUGACGGAAGAGGAGAGGUGGGAGGAAAGGUGGAGGUAGCGUGUGAUUGGAGGAGGGAGGGAGGAAGGAAGGAGGUGAUAACGUUUAGAGGAGGUCAGCGUGAGGCUCUAGCUAGAGGCUGUGGGGUCAGCGUGAGGCUCUAGCUAGAGGCUGUGGGGUCAGCAUGAGGCUCUAGCUAGAGGCUGUGGGGUCAGCGUGAGGCUCUAGCUAGAGGCUGUGGGGUCAGCGUGAGGCUCUAGCUAGAGGCUGGGAGGUCAGCAUGAGGCUAUGAGGUCAGCAUGCACAGCGUGUUGUUGCUUCAGAGGAGCACGCUAACCGGUGAAUGCUAACGGCAGCGUCCCCCGCAGUGUUCACAUCCUUCAGGAGUCCUACCGUACUCCAUCUCCCACAAUCCUCCUCUUCUGUUUGGUUCUUUUUGAUUAUCGCUUUAUUGAAAGAAAAAAAAAAUCUAAACUGUAUAUUUCAUCGUUUUGUUUGGGGCUGUUUUUCUUUCGUUUUCUUUGAGGUAUUUUUGUUCAUCCUCCCCGAUAUGAAAUGUACUCCUGUUCUUUCCUCUUAACUGCCCUGUGUGUUGCUUUCAUUCUGCUCUCUAAUCGCACAACUUUUUAUCAGUUACCCCCCUAAUAUUUCUGGACCACGAGGCGAUUCUCUGAACCGGGGGCCAAGAUGGCCGCCGCCUGGAGCUCGACGAAGCGCUUUCUUGGAUCAACUUGUUGUCCUCUACUGAGCUCAUCACCUCAGCCUUGUACCUCACCCCUACAAAAAGUGUAUUUUCCAUCAGUUAAACAUACUGUUUUACCUUUUAACUAUAAAAUCAUAGUGAAAACA